AUGGCUGUACAAGAUGCGGAGGAAUACGACUUUGACGAUGACGACCUGGAUGCUUUACCCGAGAACGACCUUGUCGAACUAGAGAACACCGCAAUCCGUUCUACACAAAGACCCACAGGCACGUUUGCAACCUUAGGAACGACUGCUCCAAGAGCUACAAGACCGACUAUUGAUGAUUACGGCUUUGAAGAAGAAAACGUUAUAGAUCUUGACCAACAAGGGCUAGCUUUUCAUAGACCUUAUAAUCCACCCUAUGCCUCUCCAAUAGACCGACGGAUUCACAAUGGGCUCUCUGUGCGGUCUAGCAGAGCGACCUCCGCCAGAGGCGGCCUCACGGUGCAACCAGCGACAUCACGGGCUCUAGACGAGAAUCCUCAGAGUUCGGCGAUGGGAGAUAUGUCUGAACUUCAAAUACGGAUCGCAGAACUCGAGCGAGAAAGAGACCAUUUGCGAUCGACCAUUCAAUCUCAUAAAGGAGAGAUUGCCAUCGUUCGAAGCAAACAUGAGCAGUCAGCCAAGGAAUUCGAGCGCAAACUCUCGGUGAUGCAAAAGGUGCAUAGCGAGACAUUCACAAAGCAAAAUAUUGAGUUGGAGAAGGCGCGAAAAGACCGAGAGACAGUGGAGACAAAUAAUCGCUUUCUCGAACAUGACCUGGCCCAAGAGAUAGGGAGGACUAAGUCGACACGCACAACGCUCAAAGAUGUGACGAACAAUAAAGCCAGGACCUCCAACGGCUCGCCCGCUGGAACUCCGAAGAAGAACAUGAAUCGCUCUUUCGGCGACGGCUUCGAUGACGAAGACAUCGUAAUGACUUCUCCCUCAAAACUUCAGGCUAGAUCAAAACCAUCUACGCCUAAGGUUGGCGCGAAAAGGAAAAGGUCAGCUCUCGAAGUACAGAGCCCUGGCUUGCCUCUCAUCCUCAGCGAAUCGCAUCGCACUUUGAAAGCACAAGAGUCAGUUGACUCAAAUAAUGGCUCUGGUGUCGAGGCAACAGGAGUCCUCAAUCUCCGAAAGGAAGACCAUCGCUUCGAGUUCCUGCAACGAAUCAUGUCUUAUCGGACGAACGAAGGGGGUGACUUGUUUUUUGAGGCACUAUCGAAGCUAUCACUUCCCACCGCCCCCGAACAGUCUCUGACAUCUCUCGUAUGCGACAAGAUGGCCCUCUUACCUUCUGAUGGCGAUCCCAAGUCCUUUCCCGGUUCUUUCUUCAAGAUAUUACUAGGCCUGUGGGACGCGUGCCUCGGUGAACGCUACGUAGCCCCCAUCAACAUCCUUAUCCAUGCGAUGCAGUUUAUGCUUGCAUUUGAACCGCGAGAAACUCUUGCGGGUCUCGUGAAAGACCUGGUUCCAAUUGCUCUUGCUACCAUUGAUAUUGUCGCCAUACCUCUGGGCAGAUCUGCUGCCCUCGAAGAAUAUCCAGCGGAAAGAGAUAAAGUAUCUGCGAACACCACGCCUAGCCCUGAUCUCGACGUUUGGACAUGCCUUUCCUUACUACAGCAAAUGGCAAUUAGCUGCAUUCUGACUUCUACAGAAACCAUCCGCGUGUUUUGGCAGCUAGUACCACACGAUUUUGUCCUUCUCAUGCUCAUGAAAGCACAGCCCAUCUCUCACAUAAAUCUGGCACUCCAGUUGGUUUCUACUAGUGCUUUGGAUGCCAGUUUUGGUGCCAGUUCUCCGAGUGAUACGUCCGAGCAGACGAUGCGGCGGGAAACUCUGCUCUUGGAUCGUCUUACCUAUCUAUUAUUUGAAACACCCGAUUUGGAAGGUCAAGUUGGUCCAGUUGCAGUACUUGAGCUGGCAAACCUUCGCAUUGAAGUGCUGUCCACACUAUCUGCUAUCGCAGUCACUGCGCACGGGGGAGAAUCGCUGGCUCGCCAUCGGCAGGCCAUUGGACGAAUGGUACGGUAUUUGAGCGACGCAAUAGAUUCUCUAUAUGAUUUCAACCAGUCGUCACAUUUGGAAACCAUACAAGCAGUGAAUCUAUGCGUUAGGCUCUUGCAUCACAUCAUCAAGGGCUACCCCCAGAUUGUUGACAUGAAGUCGAAGCUGGAUGCUGUACAGGGCGGGACCCACAAGCAUCUUGUUGCGCUGACUAGGCUUGCCUUCAGCGACACUCUGGUACUCGAGGCGGGAAUUGAGGAGGAAGUUACCGACAUGGCUCACCAGUUGUUGGAUGAGUUCCUUAGCCCGGAAGAAGGGGAGGCACUGUGUCAGGUUUUCUCGAGUGGAAAAAGUGUGACCUGA